AUGAGAAAUGAGGAUGUUUUCAAGCAGGAGUUAGGCAUGUUGAAAGGCAUGAAAGCAACCAUUCGAGUGUCCGCUGUAGCACAUCCUAAAUUCUAUCGGCCCCGCUCAGUUCCUUAUGCCAUGAGGGCAAAAGUAGAAGAGGAGAUAGAUUGGCUGCUGAAGGAGGACAUUAUAGCUCCCGUUAAAUACGCUGAAUGGGCCGCGCCCAUAGUUCCUGUCUUACAGCCAAAUGGGUCGGUCAGAAUAUGCAGAGAUUACAAACUAACCAUUAACAGUGCCUCCUCACUAGAGCAAUACCCUAUUCCCCGUGUCGAAGACCUGUUUAAUACUCUGUCGGGAGGGAAACAGUUCUCCAAGCUCGAUUUAAGCCAUGCCUACCAACAGAUUGUAAUGGAUGAUACCUCAAAGAAAUACCUCACAAUAAACACACAUCAAGGCCUGUUCACCUACAAAAGGCUGCCUUUCGGAGUUUCUUCAGCUCCCGCCAUCUUCCAGCGAACGAUGGAAAACCUGUUACAAGGCCUUCCAAGUGUAGCUGUGUACUUAGAUGACAUUAUUCUGAUGGGGACAGAUGAAGCUGAACAUCUGAGCACGCUGGAUGAGGUACUUAGGCGACUGAAAGACGCUGGCCUGCGACUUCACAGAAGCAAAUGUGUGUUUCUGCAAAAUGAGGUGGAAUACCUUGUGCAUGUAGUUAAUGCUGAAGGCUUCCAUCCCGUACUGAGCAAGGUGAGAGCCAUAGAGGAAGCUCCACCGCCAACCACAGUGACUGAGCUAAAGGCCUAUUUAGGUCUCUUGAAUUACUUUAAUAAGUUUCUCCCUAGUCUAGCUACACGCUUAGCCCCGUUACACAAGCUGCUAAGGAAAAAAUGUUUCGUGGGCCUGGAACAAUGA